AUGGAUCUCAUAAUACACCGCUUCGUCGGUUUGGAAUUCUCUCCCUAUAAUGUUAACGAAUCUGCAUCAUUGCCCGCGGCACCUUAUUCGAUCAGUUAUCAGAAUGCUAUGUCAUCAUCGUCUUCUCAAGUCCCAUGGAUCCAUAAGGUGUCACGCUUUGCCCACUCUGGAAUACCACAAGCUGUGGUACUCUCCCUAUCACUUAUGCAACUCAUCUACAGCCUAGAUCGAAUUCGCCGACAAGAGUCAAGUUGUCGAUCUAAAGCUGCCAAAAUACGUUGGCCGUAUGAAAUCGCCUCACAGACGGCAAGGCUCACUGCCGUAGUAUUCGUUACACUUGCUUAUACGCAAGAUAAACUACACUGGAUUAACAUAUUUUCUGUUGCAUAUGCCUUCAUCCUCGGCCUUCUACGCCUCUUCAACCACCUUCAAUGGCGCCAUGUAGCACUGCAUCAAAUCAACUUUGUGCUCCCAGCUACCAUGGUCAUCCUCGUUGCUGGUCAUACACUGCCGUGCAUCCAGACAGGCACCGUCUGUCUCCACGAUACAAGUACCUCGGGGGGUAUCGUUGCCAUCGCAGUGGCUUCUGUGAUCGCAGUCAUUACUCCAAGAGAAUGGAACCCUCUGCAGGUUGAGCUCAACAUUCCUGGCUAUGAUCAGAGUGAGCCGGCUCCCGAGGAAACUUGCAGCUGGUUCACCUAUUACUGCACAUACGAUUGGCUGACACCAGUUAUUUGGAAGGGAAUGAAGAGAAAACUCGAUAUGGCUGAUAUUCCAAGGAUAGCAUGGUAUGACGAGCCUAUGUAUCUCCUCCGCCGCGUCCAGGAAGCCCGCUCCAUCUCUAAAAAGACCCUCUUCACAGUCCUUCGGUUCCAGAAGCGGGAGUUACUUCUCAUGGCCUUCUGGGUCGCCACAUCGUACACAGUCGAGAACAUCGCUGCAUAUGCCAUGUUCAAGCUGCUUGAGUAUCUUGCUAAUCCGAGUGGUGCUGUAUAUAAGCCAUGGCUCUGGCUACUCCUCAUGUUUAUUGGUCCAUUAUCGCGUUCUAUUGCCUUUCAGCAGUACAUCUUUACAUCCACCAGACUUGUGGUCCGUAUUAAAUCUGCCUUCACCCAGGAGCUGUAUUAUACUGCUUUGGCUUCAAUGGAAAUGGAAGAAGACCCCUUCGAGUUACAGUCAGCGGGCACGAAAUCUAAGAACACGAGUGGGCAGACGAGUACCAAAAGCACAUCAGCUGGACGCUUAGCCAAUCUCAUGGCUUCCGAUAUAGAUGCCAUCUAUAAGUCACGGGAUAUCAUUCAGGCCACUGUCGGCACUCCCGUUGGGACUUUAAUAUCCCUUUUCGGCAUGUACAGGAUGAUGGGUUGGGCAUCUUUGGUUGGCAAUGCCAUUCUAUUCCUGGCUGCUCCUGUUUCGAUCUGGCUUGGACGCCUGAUGUUUUAUUCACAGCGCCAAGUCAGAAAAGCUCAAGAUUCUCGCAUGUCCCUAGUGACAGAGUAUCUUGCUUCUCUUCGGGCCAUCAAGUAUUUUGCAUGGGAAGAUCCUAUCACGGACAAGAUCAUCGGUGCACGCUCGGCCGAGCAAAAGGAGCUAUGGAGAACCUCUUUGAUCCAGGCCUCUCUGAACCAAUGUAUGCAGAUAGUUCCAUAUCUGUCCCUCCUCGUAAUGUUUGGUCUGCACGUUGGCCUUUCCAAACGCCGACUCGAUGCUGCAACCGCUUUUACGACCAUCUUCCUUGUCAAGAAUGUUCGCCGAAAUAUAAUGCAAGCUAGUGCCUUUGGCAGGAACUUCGCGAGCGCACUGGUUUCAGUAACUCGACUUGAUAAAUACUUCGAAAGUACUGUCUCCAUACCAGAAUAUCCAGUUGGUCCGCUCCACAUUGACAGCGCCUCGUUCCGGAAGACAAAGGCCGCCACGUUCACACUGAACGACAUCACCAUAGACUUUGCGCAAGGAGGUCUCAAUGUGAUUGGUGGCUCAAGUGGCAGUGGGAAGACUACCCUUCUGUUAUCUAUUCUUGGUGAAACCUACCUGGAGAGUGGAUCUGUGACCAGGCCCGAGGACAUAGCAUAUGCCUCCCAGUCGUCCUGGUUACAAAAUGAUAGCAUUCAAGCUAACAUCCUUUUUGGCAGCCUGAUGGAAAAAGCUCGCUACGACAAGGUUAUUGAAGCAUGUUGCCUUUGGGAAGACUUCAAGGAGCUACCAGCUAGGGACAUGACCAUCGUAGGCGAGAACGGAACCUCCCUCUCGGGCGGCCAAAAAGCAAGAGUGGCCCUCGCUAGAGCUUUGUAUUCCAGAGCGCCGCUACUACUACUCGAUGACAUCUUUGCUGCUCUUGACGCAAAGACCGCUGCUGGUGUUUGGAAACACUGCUUCUGUACUGACCUUUUGACUGGUAGGACAACUGUGCUUGUAACUAAUCUCCCUUGGAUUGCAGAGCAAGCCGACCUUUCUGUUGUGUUGGAUAGGGGCCAAGUAGAGUCAGCAGAACCCCAGAUCGGUGUUGUUCGAAGGCCAAUUGCCAUCGCCCAAGUCCUAGGAGGAGACGCUGACGAGGAUGAAGCACACGAUGAUGUGGUACGGGAGAUUCAACCUCACAGUGAUGAUCUGAAUGAUGCAAACAAAAUUCUGGAAGAGAAAUAUCUUAGGGAUAUUGUGAGCCAGGAGAUGAAAGCUUCUGGAAAAGUUGGUCGCAUGACAUUUCUACAAUAUAUGAAUUACUUUGGACAUCCCGUGUUCGUAUUUACUUGCCUUGGACUCCUUCUGGCCACAAACAUCUUCACGUUCCUCUCCACUUUGUGGCUUUCUGUUUGGGUCGAGGCAUACAACCAUCAAGCUCAUGUCGACAUUCCUUAUUACAUGGGUAUCUUUGCCGGCCUUACAUUGCUCGAAAUCGGCAGCUACUGUUUAGCCAUUAUAAUGUUUGAGUGGGGAGCCUGGAACGCCGCAAGAAAACUUCACAACGACUUCAUUCGUGCCAUCAUGCGCGUCUCGCUGUCGUGGUUCAAGCACAUCCCCAUUGGACGUAUCACCAACCGCUUCUCUAGUGACAUGGCAUCUUUGGAUGGAACGAUCAGUACCAUGCUGCGCAUCAUGCUUGAUACUAUUCUUCUAAUGCUAUUCCGAAUUGGAGCUGUCAGCAGUAUCAUGCCGAUUUUCAUGAUACCAGCACUCUUCACAUGCUUAUUUGGCAUUCUCAUUGGCGAGGCUUACACAAGAACUGCAGUCGUAAUAAAGCGACUGACCUCUUCAGCGCAGUCACCCGUCUUUUCUCAGUUUGCGGAUACUCUCGCGGGCCUGCCCAUUAUCCGUGCCAGGGACGGAAUGGCAUCAACGUUCAGAGAGGAAUUGGCAGCUAAACUUCGCACCUGGUCAGCUUCGUCAGAGGCCAGCUUCAAUGCGAACCGCUGGGUGGCUGUGCGUGUCGACUUGGUGACGGCUCUUGUCAGUCUUUCGGCCGGUAUAAUUGCUGUUUCACAAACCGGCGUCGUGGCUGCAGGACUGGUUGGUUUCUCUCUUACCAACGCCAACGGACUCAGCCAGACAAUAUUACUGUUGGUACGAGCCAUGAACGAUCUCGAAGUAGAGAUGCAGAGCUUUCACCGAGUCAAAGAGUACGUCAAAUUAGAACCAGAGGAGAAAGACGACAAGAGUUAUCCAGAGGAGGGCGAAUACACAGACGACCCUUCGCAUGUGCUUCCUAAGCAUUGGCCGAGCACUGGGAACAUCGAGUUUCGGAACGUGACAAUUCGGUACGAUCCUGACGGACCCGACGUUCUUACCGACGUGAAUCUGAAGUUCAAAGCUGGUGAACGCGUGGCCGUUGUAGGACGAACAGGGUCUGGCAAGAGCACGCUUGUUCUCUCCCUCUUGCGUUUUACACACGUGGUCUCAGGCGAGAUCCUUUACGAUGGCGUUGAUAUUACAAAAGUCCCUCGACACCGCCUUCGCGAGAGUCUUACAAUCAUUCCCCAGGAGGCAGUUCUGUUCAACGGCACCGUCGAGUCGAACCUGGACCCUGGUGGCAGAGUUCCCAAGGAGGUCCUCGACAAGGCUCUCGAGAAUUGCAAGGGAAUUGCUUCGUUCUCUCCACAGGCUUCCGACGACAGCGACAACGACACAUGCUCAUCCCACGGCGAACACAACUUAGUGAACCUAGCGACAAGUGUUGAUCCUCGUGGUGAAAAUUUCUCACAUGGCCAAAGACAAGUCCUCUCGCUCUGCCGUGCACUUAUCCGCCAAAACAAGCUGAUGCUUCUAGAUGAAGCCACAGCAAGCAUGGACUAUGAGACGGAUCGGGGGAUCCAGACCGUUCUACGGCAGGAACUCGAAGCGGCCGGAGGUGACCGUACUUUGGUAACAAUUGCACAUCGUCUGCGUACCAUUAUCGACUAUGAUACUGUUGUAGUCAUGAGUGCCGGACGCGUCCUUGAGUACGGUUCGCCUCGCGAUUUGUACAACAAGCGCGGACAGUUUUACGACAUGGUCUACCACAGCGGUGAAAUGGACGAUCUUGAGGCUUUGCUUUAA